ACACAAUCCUCCUCCUGAUCAUGGAACUUUUCGAUCACUGAAUGCCUCGCGACUGCCGCUUUUGAGCUUCACUCCAUCUACUCACUCACAUAUCCUAGAGACCGCAGAGCUCUGGUCUAUAGAUACAGUCUGAAACCGCUGCGCGCUGGUUGCGAACGGCUUCUCACAAUCAAGAUGUGUGGUAUCCUUGCGGUCAUUUUGGCGGCGACGUCCUCGGACGCCGCGCCCGAACUACACCAAGCUCUCUUCUAUCUUCAGCACCGUGGUCAGGACGCCUGUGGUAUCGCGACUUGUUCAAAAGGCGGAAAGAUCUACCAAUGCAAGGGCAAUGGUCUCGCUUCAAAGGUCUUUCAAGAUGGCAAGCGAGUUCCAGACCUUCCGGGAUACAUGGGUUUGGGACAUCUCCGAUACCCGACCGCAGGCAGCAGCGCCAAUGCUGAAGCUCAGCCGUUCUAUGUCAAUUCACCUUAUGGUAUCUGUCUCACACACAACGGCAACUUGAUCAAUGCGCCGGCGCUCAAGGAAUACCUGGACCAACACGUCCACCGACACAUCAACACCGAGUCCGACAGUGAACUCAUGCUGAACAUCUUCGCGGCAGAACUCAACGAGACGGGCAAGGCUCGUGUGAAUGCCAAUGAUUGCUUUUCCGCGCUCGAGAGGAUGUACAAGAGAUGCGAAGGUGGAUGGGCAUGCACAGCCAUGAUUGCCGGAUUUGGUCUGAUCGGCUUCCGCGACAGCUAUGGCAUCAGGCCUAUGGUUCUCGGUGAGCGCAAUUCGGCUGAGGUCGAAGGCGGCAAGGAUUACAUGAUGGCUUCAGAGUCGGUCGCCCUGAGCCAAAAUGGCUAUGGCAACAUCAAGGAUAUUCUGCCGGGCCAAGCAGUAAUUAUCGAGAAGGGACAGAAGCCUAUAUUCGCGCAGGUCGCUCCACAACAGGCAUACGCUCCCGACAUUUUUGAAUAUGUCUACUUCGCUCGUCCCGAAAGUACGAUCGACGGCAUUUCAGUCUAUCGCAGCCGACAGAUUAUGGGCUACAAUCUUGCUGAGACCAUCCAGAAGCAGAUCUCUCCUGAAGAGCUCAAGGAGAUCGAUGCGGUCAUUCCCAUUCCAGAGACUUCGCUUGUUUCGGCAUACGCAGUGAGCAAGCAUCUCAAGAAGCCAUACUGUCAAGGUUUCAUCAAGAACCGAUACAUCUUCCGCACAUUCAUCAUGCCUUCACAAAAGGCGCGACAACGUGGUGUCCGCGCGAAGCUGAAUGCCAUCCCCUUGGAGUUUGCGGGCAAAAACGUCCUCUUGGUCGACGACAGUAUCGUCCGAGGAACCACCUCUCGCGAAAUCGUUAGCAUGGCGCGGGAAGCUGGAGCGAAGAAGGUCUACUUCAGCAGUUGUGCGCCUCCGAUCACACAUGCUCACAUCUACGGCAUCGACCUCGCCAGCACAAAUGAGCUUGUCGCCCACGAUCGCUCUGCUAAGGACAUCGCCGAGCUCAUCGGAGCCGACGCAGUCAUCUACCAAGACUUACCAGACCUCGUCUCUGCCUGCGCGAACGACAGCCCACGCGGCGCCGAGACGCAGGAAUUCGAAGUCGGUGUCUUUAAUGGCAAGUACGUCACUCCUGUGGGAGAGGACUACUUCAAGCACCUCGAGCAGGUUCGAGGUGAGACGAGGAAAAUCAAGGUCCGAGAGCAAGCGGUGCAGGCCGUAGCCAGUGGCCGCGCCACCGAGAUGGACGUCAAAAUGGCGACCAACGGCGUCGAGGUCGAUGACCAUGGUGAGGUCGUUGCCCGGGACAGCGGCUCCGAUGGAGAGGGCCGACUGCCCAGCAAGGAGGAUGUUGAUCGCAAGAACAGCCUGGCGGAAGCGAGCCGACCAGAACCGCCCGCGCGUCAGGUGAGCGACAGUCAGGACAUUGCCCUGUUCAACAUCAACGACGGCCAGUAAUGGGUGGGACAUGACGGGACGAGUGCAUUCACGGCGCACGGAGGACGGAUCGAUUCGGGGGCGGCGCAAUGAUGGGUCGGAUGUUGGCGUUUGUCAGGAGGCGGCGGUCGCGUUGCUAUUACACUGUCCACGUCCCUCAACGGUGACGACGGAGCGAAGUUCGACGCGUAUGGGAAGGGUUUCUCGAUAGACAUAAGACCAUCACAUGGAUACAUCGCUUGCUCCAAUCGACUACCGUGCUCGGAAAUUCCCCAUUGCCAUAGCACAUCUGCCACCGAUCAUACAUCAUCCCGCCUUUAUCACUGCAAAAUAAAGCAGGGGUCAUUGGGCGGAUGACUGAUGUCGACCGCCCCAGCACCAACCCUAAGACGCACAUUUCAGGUUCACCUGGGCAGCGAGAUAUCGCGACAAUCACUGGACCGUCGGCGCCAAUCUCUCGAUGGGAGAUCGUGACCGAAUGCGUGAGAUACGUAAUAUAGCUCAUAAGCCGU